AUGCCUAAGCUAUGCUUGUUAUUCUAUUGCUUCUUCGUCAUCGUCUUCUUCUUCUUCGUCUUCCUCCUCUGCUUGUUAUUCUAUUGCUUCUUCGUCAUCGUCUUCUUCUUCUUCGUCUUCCUCCUCUGCUUGUUAUUCUAUUGCUUCUUCGUCAUCGUCUUCUUCUUCUUCGUCUUCCUCCUCUGCUUGUUAUUCUAUUGCUUCUUCGUCAUCGUCUUCUUCUUCUUCGUCUUCCUCCUCUGCUUGUUAUUCUGUUGCUUCUUCGUCUUCUUCUUCCUCCUCUGCUUGUUAUUCUAUUGCUUCUUCGUCGUCGUCGUCUUCUUCUUCUUCGUCUUCCUCCUCAGCUUGUUAUUCUACUGCUUCUUCGUCAUCGUCUUCUUCUUCUUCUUCUUCUUCCUCCUCUGCUUGUUAUUCUAUUGCUUCUUCGUCGUCGUCUUCUUCUUGUUCUUCGUCUUCCUCCUCAGCUUGUUAUUCUAUUGCUUCUUCGUCAUCGUCUUCUUCUUCUUCUUCUUCCUCCUCUGCUUGUUAUUCUAUUGCUUCUUCGUCGUCGUCUUCUUCUUCUUCUUCGUCUUCCUCCUCAGCUUGUUAUUCUACUGCUUCUUCGUCAUCGUCUUCUUCUUCUUCUUUCUCCUCUGCUUGUUAUUCUAUUGCCUCUUCGUCGUCGUCUUCUUCUUCUUCUUCGUCUUCCUCCUCAACUUGUUAUUCUACUGCUUCUUCGUCGUCGUCUUCUUCUUCUUCGUCUUCCUCCUCAGCUUGUUAUUCUACUGCUUCUUCGUCAUCGUCUUCUUCUUCUUCUUCCUCCUCUGCUUGUUAUUCUAUUGCUUCUUCGUCGUCGUCUUCUUCUUCUUCUUCGUCUUCCUCCUCAACUUGUUAUUCUACUGCUUCUUCGUCAUCGUCUUCUUCUUCUUCUUCUUCCUCCUCUGCUUGUUAUUCUAUUGCUUCUUCGUCGUCGUCUUCUUCUUCUUCUUCGUCUUCCUCCUCAGCUUGUUAUUCUACUGCUUCUUCGUCAUCGUCUUCUUCUUCUUCUUCUUCUUCUUCCUCCUCUGCUUGUUAUUCUAUUGCUUCUUCGUCGUCGUCUUCUUCUUCUUCUUCGUCUUCCUCCUCAGCUUGUUAUUCUACUGCUUCUUCGUCAUCGUCUUCUUCUUCUUCCUCCUCUGCUUGUUAUUCUAUUGCUUCUUCGUCGUCGUCUUCUUCUUCUUCUUCGUCUUCCUCCUCAACUUGUUAUUCUAUUGCUUCUUCAUCAUCGUCUUCUUCUUCUUCUUCUCCUUCUUCUUCUUCCUCCUCUGCUUGUUAUUCUAUUGCUUCUUCGUCGUCGUCGUCGUCUUCUUCUUCUUCCUCCUCUGCUUGUUAUUCUACUGCUUCUUCGUCAUCGGCUUCUUCUUCUUCUUCUUCCUCCUCUGCUUGUUAUUCUACUGGUUCUUCGUCAUCGGCUUCUUCUUCUUCUUCUUCCUCCUCUGCUUGUUAUUCUACUGCUUCUUCGUCAUCGUCUUCUUCUUCUUCUUCUUCCUCCUCUGCUUGUUAUUCUAUUGCUUCUUCGUCGUCGUCUUCUUCUUCUUCUUCGUCUUCCUCCUCAGCUUGUUAUUCUACUGCUUCUUCGUCAUCGUCUUCUUCUUCUUCUUCUUCCUCCUCUGCUUGUUAUUCUAUUGCUUCUUCGUCGUCGUCUUCUUCUUCUUCGUCUUCCUCCUCUGCUUGUAA